UUUUGGUGUGCUGAGGCCUUUUCCUAUAAUUUCUCCUUCCUCCCCUCCUCCGUCGAUAGCUGCUGCGAGUCCUUGUCCUGUCAAACCGCAAAAGAUGGCUAAUGCGGCAUCAGGUAUGGCUGUCCAUGAUGACUGCAAGCUUAAGUUUUUGGAGCUCAAGGCAAAGAGGACAUAUCGCUUCAUAGUUUUCAAGAUUGAGGAAAAUCAGAAGCAAGUUAUUGUGGAGAAGCUUGGAGAGCCAACUCAAGGCUACGAUGAUUUCGCUGCCAGUCUUCCUGCUGAUGAGUGUCGAUAUGCUGUUUAUGAUUUUGAGUUUCUGACAGAAGGGAAUGUUCCCAAGAGCAGAAUUUUCUUCAUUGCAUGGUCCCCGGAUACAUCAAGGGUUAGAAGCAAGAUGAUUUACGCUAGCUCGAAGGACAGGUUCAAGAGAGAGCUGGAUGGAAUUCAAGUAGAGUUGCAAGCAACUGAUCCAACUGAGAUGGGUCUUGAUGUCUUUAAAGGUCGUGUCAACUAAUAUGCAUAUUAAACACUGGGAUGGGUACCACAUCCCUGAAGUUACUGAAAUUGGAGUGCUUAUAGGUUGUCAAGAGUCAGAUGCUGAACUUGGCUCGUCAUGGUAUCAAAUUUUUGGCAUGGCCUUGUCAUUCACCUUCCGACUAGCUUUUAUGCUUUCCAGUAUAAAUGUAAUCUGUGAAAUACAGAGCCUAUGUGUUUGAGUGGUAUUCAUGUCCUGUUAUUGUGUAACUGUUGUGUGAUUAGACAAGACACUAGUUUCUCAUGUCUUUUGAAUAUUGAGACUAGCCAUAAUGUGGCAUGCUUUGAUUACUGAUAUACCUCCUUAUUUCACAGCCAUUAACAUGCCUAGGAAACUAAGGAAUGCAAUUUCAUUGG